AUGCUUUGUAUGGAACGACCCUUAGCCGCCGCGCUGGACGGGCGAAAGCUCGACGGGUUAAACUACACGGUGUGGAAGAUGACGCAGGGGAUCGCGAACUUAGCGACGAUCGACGCGAACAAGGCGAGGAUAGUAAACGCGGGCGCGGUGCCGAUGCUCGUGCGGUGUCUCAACGAGCGGCAGCAUCAGUGGGACAAGGCGAGGCGAUGGGCGUGCACGGCGCUGUGGAACCUCGCGUUCGACGACGCCGCGCGCGCGGCGAUCGCGAGCGAGCCCGGCGCGAUCGACGCGCUCGAAGAGGCGCGGCGCCUCGGAAGCGACGCGACGAAGAAGAAGGCGCGCGGCGCGUUAUGGAUGAUCCAAGGCUCGCACUUGGAGGGCGACGAGGCGAUCGAGUACGAGCUCAGCGAGCGCGACGUCAAGGCGCUCGGCGGCGGCGUCACGGAGAACGCCACCGCGCAGGUCAUGCUGUCGUACGAGUGGCGGACGCAGCAGCGCGCGCUCGCGCUUCGCGACGAGCUCAUGGCGAGGGGCUUUACGGUGUGGAUGGAUGUCGAUCGCAUGAUGGGGAGCACGCUGGAGGCGAUGGCGGCGGCGGUGGAACAGAGCGACGCGGUGAUCAUGUGCGUGACGCACCGGUAUAAAGAGUCGCAGGCGUGUCGGACGGAGGCGGAGUACGCGUAUCAGCGCAAGAAGACGCUGAUUCCCGUGAUGUUCGAAAAAGGGUACAAAGCCGACGGCUGGCUCGGGAUCAUCAUGGGCACGAAGCUGUACUACAACAUGCACAACCAGGACGAGAUCGAGCGCUCGCUGCCGGGGCUCGUCGGGGAGGUUGAGGCGGCGCACGGCGUCGACGCCGGGAAGUUGGACGGGUUGAAGCUCGGCGGCGGCGGCGGCGGCGGCGGAGGCGGCGGAGGCGGAGGCGGCGGCGCGGCCGCCGCCGCCGCGCCCGCGCGCGCGGAGAAGAAGAGAGCGGAAGAGAGCGUGCCGCAGACCGCGGACACGAUGGCGAUGUGGCUCGAAGGCCGCGGGUUGGCGCGGUACUCUACGGCGUUUCGCGAGCAGCAUCUGCACGGCAAGGCGCUCGUGAAGUUCCACGAGGAGAUCGGAUUCGGCGACCCCGCGGAGGGUGCGCACCACGAGCUCCUCGUGAACGUGUUCGGGAUGACGUCGAGCUCUUAG